AAUACGUGCAAAGUAUCCCGUCCGAACACACUCAUAAUCACAGAAUAUCCUGAGCUGGAAGGGAUGCACAAGCAUCAUCCAGUCCAACUCGUGGCCGUGCACAUGACGCCCCCAAAAUCCCACCCCGUGCCUCAGAGCGAUGUCUGAGCGCUCCUUGAGCUCUGGCAGCGUUGGGGCCGUGGCCGCUUCCCUAAGGAGAGGACAUAGUUGUACAGCGCACGGAAACAAGCUUUAAAAGCCACGACACUACAAAAAUUAAUAGUAUGGUACUCACUGGUGUGGUGGUGCAUCACCCCCCUUGCUUUUGAGCGACCUUAAAACACUCAUUACACCACAAAUGGCCAGGCCAAAAGUGUAAAUCUCUUAUAUGCAUUACUUACUACCCUCUGCAGACCACUUAUUUUAAACCAUGGCUCUCCAUGAAGGAGGUCGGGGACGGGCUGCACGAGCAGAUGAACUGCAUGAUGGGGGCCCUGCAGGAGCUGAAGCUGCUCCAGGUCCAGACGGCUCUGGAGCAGUUGGACAUCUCCGGGAGCCGCAGCCCCGGCUGUGGGGUGGAGCAGCAGCACCGGUGCUGCCGGAGCUGGGGAGACGUUCCCAGGGCCUGGCAGGACGAGUGGCCACGGGGGGAGCCGUCAGUGGAGGGGCACAGCCCCACAUCCUUCCCACAUCCAGCGGGGUUGUCCCAUCCCACCGCGCUCCUGGAGAGCGACCACCUCGGGGACACCCCCUCCUCCUCCAGCAGCCUCUGUGGGGAGGGUGUUUAUGCCCCAACAGGACCUUCCUGUGUGUCCAGCAGAGCCGAGCAUGUCCGCCCCAGGACACUGGAGUGCAGCAUCCAGGGCACGGCCGGGGGGUGGCCGGAAUGCCGGGAGUGCCCGGGCUGUGAUGAUGGCCACGACUGGACGUCCUCCCUGAUGUCCCAGAGCAGGAACCGGCAGCCGCUGGUGCUGGGGGACAACAUCUUUGCAGACUUGGUUGGGAACUGGUUGGACCUGCCAGAGCUGGAUAAGAAGGGGGAGAAGAGCGAGGCGUCCCUGUCCGUGAGCAGGUCCCAGGAGCUCUGCAGGAAGUUCUCCCUCACGGCCAACAUCUUCAAGAAGUUCCUGAGGAGCGUCCGGCCCGACCGAGACAGGCUGCUCAAGGAGAAGCCUUGCUGGCUCCCUCCCGAAGACAAACAGCCUGAGAUCUCCAAGAGAUCCAAAAAGAUGAACAAACUCAAGGGCACAUUUUACUUCCCGCUCCACGGGAGCCAUCACGGCAAAGCAGAGAGGUGCCCAAAGGCAGAAAGCCACAGUGAGCACCCCAAAACGGGCACCAAGAAAGUCCACGAGUCCAGAGACUACACCCAGUCUGGGUUUGACAUCAACACAGCUGUUUGGGUCUGAGUUUGUCCGUGUUCUCUGCUCUGCCCAGCAUUUGUCCCACACCAGGGAGGAGCUGGGGGCCACACUUGUCUUUUCAGGAGACCCCUGAGCUCCUCACAUGUACUGAGAUGAGUCCUCUGCAAAACAUGCUGAGGGUUUCCCUCGCAGAUAGAAUUUGCUGGAAAAGUGCAUCUUCAGGGGCAGCCUGAGCAGCAGCUGACACAGAGUUUUGGGGACUGGUUUUUGCAAAAAUAAUCCGAAUCUUUAGCAGCUUUAGGGUGAGUGGUGCCAUGGAUGACCAGCUCCUGGGCCUGGGCUGGUGACAGCCACUCCAGGCCUAUUCCAUCAUCUCCAGCUAAAUGGCUGCAGCACAAAAUCCACUGUGUGCAUGUGUGUGUGUGUGCGUGUGUAUGAGUGUGCAAAUAUAUAUAUAUAGUUUUUUAAAACAAAGAAAAAUCUAUUCCUGCUUGUGUGCACUUGAAACUGGGUUAUAAACCAGGCAGCCCAAGCCUUGUACCCGAAGCACUUGUUAUUUAAAUGGAAAGGAAUAAGUUUGAAGUUAUAAGACUUGAACAGUUGCUGAAUAGGAGGUGAAACCCCAACUUGGGGGAGUUUUCCACUUAAACCAGUGUGCUCCCAGCACCUCUCCUUCCCCUGCCAGUUAAACCAGCAAGGCACAAGGCUCCUUGCAGGGGGAUUUGUGACCCUGGGGGUGUCGGUGGGGUUUGCCCCUUUCCUCUCCCCUUGUCCCCACAGGUUGCACCAGAUACAACAUUGCAAGAGUUAAUUGUUGAGUUUUCACAGGCAAAGUUAAAAACUUCGUUUAUUGUUGUGUUUCCUGUUGCUGUUGUUGUACAAACCUUGUCUUGACAGAACCAAGUUCUUCAGUGUCCGACUCUCUAAGAGUUUCCAAUAAAGUGGAAUCAGUUUUGU